GUUUUGGAAAGAUUUACAAUGUACACUCACACACACUCACAACCCAAUUUCAGUGUGUUAAUAAAUCAUAAUUCCAUUUUGAACGAGAAAGAACGGAGACAUUAUGAGAAGGAAAUGCCAGCAGCCACCACGCUAACAGCGCUAACACUCCACGCAAGAAUCGCCGCACAGAUGAGGAAGUGAUUCUGCAAGCCUGCUUUCUUAUCCAUUCGAUUACUCGAGUGUGUUGGCGUCUGUGUGUUUGAAUUUGAGAGUCCACUCUCUAUAUGUCUACAAUGAUCCCUUCAUCACAAAAACCCCACUAAUUACUUAUGGACUCAAUCUUGACGUUCCAACAUGGGAUCCAGACUAAAGGAAAAUCCAGAGAGAACAUUUUACUGGUUCUUUCAAGCCUCGUGCCCCAUCGCCAGAGACAAAGAUCCUGGGUUGCUGUUUCACUUCCCAGAGGACUUCAGUGAUGAGGAGUGUUUGCAAUCCCUUCCUCGAUUCUGCUUCCCAUAUGAUAUAGAGAGGGUGAGGGAUGGCAUAGCUGUGCAGCACUUUACUUUUGCAUUGACUGACUUGGAAGGAUGUCAGCGAUUUGGGUUCUGCAGACUCACUUCCAGCUCCCAGACGUGCCUCUGCAUCCUCAGCUACCUGCCUUGGUUCGAAGUCUUUUAUAAGCUUUUAAAUAACCUGGCAGACUAUGUGACAAAGGGACAGACGAGCGAGAUGAGAGAGUUACUGGCCGCUCUUUACAAACACCCUGUGCCGCUGGCCAACAGCUUAAACAUCCUCCAUCAGAUGCCAUACUUCCUUGCUCCGGAUCCAAAGGCGUUACCAUCUAUUCCAGAGAAUAGGAACCUGACCGAGCUGAUUGUGGCUGUAGAUGUGGGCAACCUGCUGCAGCUGUAUGCCAGUAUGCUUUUUGAGAGACGUAUCCUCAUCUGUUCCAGUAAACUCAGCACGCUGACAGCAUGUGUACAUGCGUGUAGUGGGAUGCUCUUCCCCAUGUACUGGCAGCACAUAUUCAUUCCAGUCCUACCACCACACCUGUUGGACUACUGCUGCGCUCCAAUGCCGUACCUUAUUGGAGUUCAUUCCAGCAUGAUUGAGAGAGUGAGAAGUCGUGCUCUUGAUGAUGUGGUCAUUCUCAACGUGGACACAAACACUAUGGAGUCUCCUUACGAGGACUUGAAAAAGCUGCCAACAGAUGUGGUGACAGUUCUGAAAGUGAGGCUGAAGCGCCAGGCUGCAUUUACAGGCACGGGUGUAGCUAAAGCGUUCCUCAGGGCUCAGGCUCUGCUGUUUGGAGCAUAUAAAGAUGCCCUGCUGUAUUCCACAGGAGAACCCGUGUCAUUCAGUGAGGAGUUGUUUCUCACACACAAGUCCCCCAGCAUGAGGCAGUUCCUUGAGGGAGCAAUUCACCUGCAGUUUUUCAAAGAGUUUAUUGAUGGCCGUCUAGAGAUGCUCAACCAAGGAAAAGAGCCAGAUGACCUGUUUGAGGAGGAAAUACUGGAGUGUGGUGCAUCAUCAGGUGGCUCGAAAUCUUAUCAGCAGUGGAUGGGAAAUCUGAAGAAAGGAGGAGGCUCUCUCAUUCUCACAGUCAAGGCCAAGGCCCAGAUGUACAAGAAUGUCACAUGUCACAGCAAGCUAAAGAAUCUCAUUUCAUCAAAGGACCAGAAAAAAUCUCACAUUCUCCAGCGAGGAGCCUCCAUGUGUGGCACACACUCGCACCGCUUCAAUAAAUCUGAUUGCCUUCAGGACAGGUUACCAAUCACGCAGCAUUUUGGAAAGUCCCGACCUCGCAGGCCCACACGCAAAUCAACCUACCAGCAGGGGGAGGAAACGCCACAGGACAACAGUGGCAGCAGGGGAGAGGAGAGUCAUAUAGAGUUGGUAUCUGAUGACCUCGCAGAGGACGAAGAGUUUUCCAUGGCUGAUCUUGAGGAGAUGGACCUGUUAGGGGAAAUCUUUGACACAUUAAACACACAGAGCUCCACAGAGCCGGGCCUGCUGUACAGCACACGCAGCCUCGACGUUUUCACCUCUGACUGCACCGAGUUCAUCAGCAGGAGAAGCUUGACCACACCCAGUCAGGAGAGCCUGAGUCUUUCCACUGGGAACAAUGGCAGUCUGAUGAGUUGGGAGGAAGGGCUUGAAGAGACACCAGAUGUUAAGGAGGAGGAGGAGGAGGAGGAAUCCAAGCUGCCAAGUGAUGAACCAGAGGGAGACAUGAGAGCUGGAUUGAGAGAUGGAGAGAAGGAGCCAGGUGUGGAUCUUGGAAGGUUGGUGGAGGAUCUUGUGGAUCUAAAGCAGGAACUCGAAGAGGAGUUGAAUGGAAACUGUAAGGAAACUAACAUGUUAUCCAGAGAAGAUCAAGAGGAAGUUAGCAGAUUAUCCAGAGAAGAUCAGGAAGAAAAUAAGAGAGUAUCCAUAGACAAUCAGGAGGAAAGUAGCAUAUCUUCCAGAGAAAAUCAACAGGAAAAAAACAGAUCAUUAGACGUAGUUCAGACUGAAACUAGCAAAUCCUCAGAAAACAACAUUUUGGAAAAUAAUGAAACAACUUGUCAGUCCAAACUGGAUGAUGAUAAAAAUGAAAGUGAUGAAGCUCAGGGGAACGAUAUGCAAGAGGCAAUAGACAGAAAACACCAUGAAGUUCAUCAGGAUCUAACCCAAAAUGACAACAACCCAGGGAGUCUACCAGCAAACUCUCCCCAAGAAAAGAAGCACCUUAAUGAGGAACAAACAAAUGCAGGUACUUCAGUUAAUGCAGCCAAAAUGGACAAGGUACAAGAAGAGCAAAGAGAUCAAUCAACUCCCAAAGUGUUCCCCAAAGUGGCCAUGUUCCAGGUCAAGGCCUACCAGAACAAGUGUGUACCUGAGACUGUAAGGCCCAGUUGUGGCCAGAAAAUGUUAGAUGCAUCUCUAAAGGUGUCUCCAAAAGGGCCUGGAGGACAUUUGGUGAAUUCUAGCACAAAAACAGAUGAUUCGUCCCUAAAAUCCCCAGCUGUUUCCAGUUCAUCAGAUAUAGCCACGGAGGCUGAAGACCUGCCCCUACCUAAAGUGUCUGAACUUAAAAAGAGAUUUGAGCAGUAAUGGCUGCAAGGAUAAUGUCAAGGCCAUGGCCUUGCUAAACGCCAGAGGCGCCUGAAGUACUUGGAGUAGGCACAGGGGUUGAAAAUGAAGAGAAACCUAAUCAGAUGCCUAGUUUACUUAAGCACAUCAUACUGUUAAUGUGUAAUCUAUUAAAGUGCGGUUGAUGCAAUACUCACUCCACCAACAUGCAGUAACCCUGCUUUUAAAAGCAGUUUGCAAAACUGAACAGUCAAAACACAUUUAUUGUGUACUUCUUAAAACUUUUUCUUUUAUAAUAAAUGUUAUAAUUUUAGUAUGAAAUAAACUAUACAGACUCUU